CUCGUCACUUUUUUCUUUCAAAUAUAUUCACCACACCCAAGACUCUCUCAGCACUCUCCCUCUCUCUCUCACUCAUGGAUGAAUCGCGGAAGAGGCACGAGUUUGUUCCGCCGGAGGCCUCGACGGAGAAGAGGCCGCGAGUGGCGGUGAAAGAGGCGGAAGAUGUGGACGAUGAUAUUCUGGCUUGGAUUUCGGUGGAAGAGGAGACAGUAGGCGAGCUCAUGAUGCUUCUGGACGACGUGGAGAAAAGUCGUCCGAUGGAGGAGAAAGUGAAGUUCAUCGACGAUCCGUACUCAUCGGCGGUGAUUUUUCAAUCGUCGUCGUCGUACGUAACUAUCAACGGAAACGAAGAGAGUUGUGGUUCGUCUUUCUCCGAAUCGGACUCGUCGAUGAUGGCGAGCGUCGACAUGAACGGAGCAAGGAUUAAACUGAUGGAAAUUGAUUCUGAAACUGUUGAGAAAUGGAAAUUAUGGAGCGAGGAUCGGUUGAAGGAGGAGGAGGAGACGUCGGCUGUACUGGACGGGUUCUGUUGGGAUGAAGAUGAUUUAGCGAGGUUCAUCGGCGAUGAAGAACAGAUUUUCUGAAGACGAUAAGGAAAUGGUUAGGGUUAGGGUUAGUAUUAGGGUUUAUGAAGAAGAGGAGGUAAGGAUGGAGAUGUAAUUUUGGGGGUUAAACACUGUUAAUAGAGAGAAUAUACACAGAGUUUAGUAAGAAGAUAGAAAUUUGAAUCGAAGUGAAAAACUACUUGUCGUUUUCCCAUUUUCCGAUUUUCUUCCUUUUCUAUAUAUAUAUAUAUUUUUAAUUAA